UAUGUGAAACUGUCAAUAUUAAACGCAAGUAAAGAUAACCUUCAAAUCUCAUUCAAAACAUUCAAAUAAAGUUUGAAAAUGUCUCCUAAGAAUAUCAAAAAUAACAUACUCACUGUAAUCAGUGGUUUAAUGUGUAACGAUGAUAACUUACGACGAGUUUCUGAAGAUAGAAGAAAAGCACUUGAAUUUACUGAAGAAUAUGCUUUGAUUCUGAUUGAUAUAAUGAUGGAUUUUGGUGAACCUAUAGAAGAACGCCUAAUGGCAAGCAUCCUCCUUAAACAAUACAUAGUAGCCUACUGGGAAAUAGAACCCGAAGGCAAAAUACAACCAAUAAUCCCAUGCGAAAUCAAAGACAAAAUCAAAAAGUUCCUGCCUGCUGGUAUUGGAGAUAGUAACAGACAACUAAAACUAUCAACUGCUCAUAUAAUGGCACAUAUUGCUGCCUUAGACUAUCCAGAUCAAUGGCCAAACAUGAUGAAUCUAGUCCAACAGAUGCUUCAGAGUGUAAGCAAAGAAGUAGUUGAAGGAACUGUACUCUUCUUAAGAGAAUGUCUACCUUACAACAUAGUAACAGAACUAGGCCCUACUUUAUUCAAUUGUUUGUAUGAGAUUUGUAGUAAUGAAAAGUAUUCUACAAACACCAGAGCAACAGUGAUAUCAUUAAUAACAAUAUUUUUAUUGUCUGAUCUGGAACACAAUGAGAACCCAGCACAUGAUGAGAUAUUAAAUGAAGCUGGCAAGAAGUUCUGUGGAUUGUUAGCGUAUCAUUUGAGUCAACCCUAUAGUCAACACAGUGAUUUUCAACUUAAAGCUGAAAUAAUCGGUGGAGCAUUCGUGCAGUUUUUGUACUGUGACAAAGCACAGGAACCUGUCCAGUUAAUCCUAUCAACCCUACCGAUUAUGUUGGAGAUUCUAAGCAAAUGUGCAGCUGAAUAUCUGCAAGUCAUUGGAUGUAGAAGAACCAUGCCUGUGGAUGCUGAUGAAGAUGAUCACAACCCGAAGUUUUUCCUUAAAUUAGUUACGAAUAUCUUUGCUUUGAUACAGAUUAUUGCAACGGAUAAAAACACAUGCAAAAGAUUAUCUCCUAUAUUAUCAGAUAUUUUUUAUUCCAUCAUGAUUUUCAUGACGAUUACACCGGAUAUCGAACAGGAAUUCAUUGAAGAUGAACAUAGUUAUUGUGCAGAUGAAUUUAACAACAUGGUUAAUAAUAAAUUAAGGACUGAUUUGAAGAUUAUGCUUUGUGAACUUACCAAUCACUUCACAACUGAAAAGAUACACAUUUCACUAUCCAUGGCGAUUAACAAGAUACUAAGUGGUUCUUAUGAAAUCAAACCGAAUGAUUCUUUCAACUGGCGUGUGAAUGAAAGUGUUAUGUGCACGAUUGGUUGCCUAAGUGAUAUCUUUAAAUCGCAACCAAGUCAUCAUGAGUCGUUUAAUAUCUACGCGUAUUUACAGAAUGCGUCAAUGAUUGUUUCACAAUGCCGGAAUGUUAUACUUUUAGCUAGGAUUAUGCUUGUCGUUGGGAGAUUUUCAUGUUGUAUGAGUUCCGAACAAGUUGUUAAUCAUUUAAGUACGAUUUGUAUAAAUCUGCGGAGUGAUCAACAUGUCUUGAGGAAUGCAGCGAUAAGAGCUUUGAAUUUUCACUGUCAACGCAUUAGUAAUCUGCAUGGGAAUUGCAGUCAACAUGCGAGUGAAGGCAUGCAGAAACAACAUCUGCAGGCGUUAGUAGAUGUAUUUAAUUCUUUAUUGGAGAGUUUGAUUAAUGUUGCUGAAUAUUUAAAUCCGAUGAUUUUUGGGACGACUAUCAUGAAUAUUUGUGAAAUUACUAAUUUGAAUGAAAAUUUAACCUCAAACUUUGCGAGCCGUUUAAUUCCGUUUAUAUUGAAUACACUAGCGAAAAACACGCACAAUGCGUUAAUAAUCAAUCGCUGUAAGGAAUUAAUUGUUGGAUUGAGUAAAAAUCAGUUUUGUGGUGAAUAUGUUCAAUCGUCAUUGUUACCACCACUACUUAACCUCAUUUCAAACCCCUGUGGAUCAACAGAUGUUGAUAGAACUGAAGAACAAGCUGUGGGACUUUAUAUUUUGAGUGUUUUAACCGAAAAUGCAAGUUCAGAAGCUGUUAAAGAUGCGUUAAUGAUGCAGGGAUUCAUGUUUGUCAUUAAUUCAUUGAAUUCUACUAAAGAUAUGCUUGUUACAGAGAUGGGAUCUAGAUGUCUCUGCAUGUAUCUAUUGAAAUGCCAUAUGCAUUUCUCUUUAAAUGAACGCAGCACUCUGGAAACAGUUUUAGGGGUUAUUUAUAACCUCUUAGAGCCUGGCAGGAAUGAAUUGGCUUGCAAACACAUCGAUAAGAUUGUAAUUUGUGCUUUUAAAGCCUUUGGAGAUAAAUUUUACCAACACAAUGAGAAAUUAGUAAAGUGCAUGUUGAGUAAAUGCAACUUUUCACAAUCAAUUGAGGUUAAGGAGAGUUUCAACGUGAUUUUUCUGCAUUACUUCUGUUAUAACUACGAAUUAAUUACUAGUUUGUUGAAUAAAGUACCAGGCCCGACUGGGGAGAGCGCUUUGAAGCAUGUGCUAUCAACUGCAGUUACUUUCAAGUAUUUAGGUAGUAAUUAUGGAAAAUAUUUACAGAUUUUAGUGUUGUGUCAAAUGUUGGAAGGCACAUUGUUACGAGAAGAUGCACGAUUGAAGAGUAUACACUUCACUGAACUGGUAGAUGGACAACAGAAAGAAGUCUCGAUGCUGUCGUAUAUAUUCCGCAGUCUUAUCGACAAGUUUCUGCUACAAGUGAAAAACCAAACUGUGCAAGAUUGUGAUAGUGAUACGCAAUCCCAAGACGACGACUCCGAAGUAGAAGAUCUAAUAACCGACCAGCUGAUUGACCUCUGCACAGUGCUCGAUGAACCCAUCACGCAGAAAGGCGUAGAAGACUAUCUCAAUAAUUACAUGCACAUGUUCGCUGGUCAUGCUAGUUUUAAAACGCUGGCUGAUACUUACCUUGAUGAAAAUCAACGCCAAAGACUCUACAGUUGUUUCUCCGAAGGUGUUCAAUACUAUUAAACAUUCAAGUUGAUAA